AUGGCUGUCGACCAGAAAGUCGCUUUGAUCGUCAUUGACGGUUGGGGUAUUGCGGGCCCCAACUCGCCCCCAGAGGGUGAUGCCAUCGCAGCUGCCGAGACCCCGUUCAUGUCCGGCUUCGCCGAGGCCAACUCAAAGACUGCCCAGGGCUUCACUGAGCUCGAGGCGUCCUCACUCGCCGUUGGUCUUCCCGAGGGACUAAUGGGUAACAGUGAGGUCGGCCACUUGAACAUUGGUGCCGGUCGUGUUGUCUGGCAGGACAGUGUUCGCAUUGACCAGACCCUCAAGAAGGGUGAGAUGAACAAGGUCGAGAACGUUGCCAAGUGCUUCACUCGCGCCAAGGAGGGCAAUGGCCGUCUGCACCUAUGUGGUCUGGUCUCAGACGGUGGUGUUCACUCCAACAUCACUCACCUGUUCGCUCUGCUCGAGGUCGCCAAGGAGAUGCAGAUCCCCCAGGUCUUCAUCCACUUCUUUGGCGAUGGCCGUGAUACCGAUCCCAAGAGCGCUGUUAUCUACAUGGAGCAGUUGCUUAAGAAGACAAAGGAACUUGGUGUUGGUGAGAUUGCCACCGUCGUUGGCCGUUACUACAUCAUGGAUCGUGACAAGCGCUGGGAGCGUGUCGAGAUUGGUAUGAAGGGUUUGGUCACUGGCGAGGGCGAGGAAAGCUCCGACCCUCUCCAGACCAUCAAGGAGCGCUACGAGAAGAAUGAAAACGAUGAGUUCCUGAAGCCCAUCAUUGUUGGCGGCAAGGAGCGCCGUAUCCAGGACGAUGACACCGUCUUCUUCUUCAACUACCGCUCGGAUCGUGUCCGUGAGAUCACCCAGCUCCUGGGCGACUAUGACCGCUCUCCUCGCCCCGAUUUCCCCUACCCUAAGAACAUCUCCAUCACCACCAUGACCCAGUACAAGACCGACUACACCUUCCCCAAGAACCACUCCCAGUGCCACGUUGCCGAGACUGAGAAGUAUGCCCACGUCACUUUCUUCUUCAACGGUGGUGUUGAGAAGCAGUUCCCUGGCGAGGUCCGUGACAUGAUCCCCUCUCCCCGAGUGGCCACCUACGAUCUUGACCCCAAGAUGAGCGCUGGUGCUGUUGGUGCCAAGAUGGCCGAGCGCAUUGGUGAGAACAAGUUCGACUUCAUCAUGAACAACUUUGCUCCUCCCGACAUGGUUGGACACACUGGUGUGUACGAGGCUGCCAUUCAGGGUGUUGCUGCCACCGAUAAGGCUAUUGGUGAGAUCUACGAGGCCUGCAAGAAGCACAACUACAUCCUCAUGAUCACUGCCGAUCACGGUAAUGCUGAGGAGAUGCUCAACGAGAAGGGUACUCCCAAGACCUCCCACACUCUCAACAAGGUUCCUUUCGUUAUGGCCAACGCCCCUGCUGGCUGGAGCCUCGCUAAGGAGGGUGGUGUCCUGGGUGAUGUCGCCCCUACAGUCCUCGCUGCCAUGGGCAUUGAGCAGCCUGCUGAGAUGACCGGCAAGAGCCUGCUUGUCAAGUCAUAG